UUUAUACAUCAUUUAUUCAUCUUAAAUGCAUUUAUCUUAACAGUGUGUAUCUUUCUUGACCUGUCAGACGCCUCGGGUGAGUUUAUGUCCGUGUCAGCUCCUUUCAGCUCUGUACAUGUCUUUGUAAGAGACGAUGGUUUUGUUCGUUCCCCAAUCUUCAGUAAACGAAACUGCCAAUUGACGGAAGUCCAGUCAAAAUGACUCUCAAAAUAAACCUUAUCCUGUCCUUUAUUACCUUUCUCUACUCUGGUUCAUAUGUGUGCAACUGUCAUCCAUCCACUUCUCAAACAAGACACUCAACAGACUUUGCAACAAAAGCCUUGGACAAAGCAACAGAAGUGGCAUCUUAUGGCGAUAUCGCCAAACAAAUAAUAGAUUUGGCUGUGAGUGGAGCCGCCAGGAAUCGGUCCUACAGUCGACUGGCAGACUUUACUGACAAAAUCGGUAACCGUGUCAGUGGAUCCAAAAAUCUGGAGAUGGCCAUAAACUACAUGUAUAAAGCCAUGAUGUUAGAUGGCCUGGAUGUUCAUUUGGAGCCAGUCAAAGUCCCUCACUGGGUUAGAGGCAAAGAGAGUGCAGAAAUGGUCCAACCUAGAUCCAAAAACCUGGCUAUACUCGGGCUUGGUAGCAGCAUAGGAACACCCCCUGAAGGUAUCCAAGCAGAGGUUUUAGUAGUUCAGUCUUUUCAUGAACUGCAGAGGAGAGUGAGUGAGGUCCAAGGGAAGAUUGUAGUCUUUAACCAGCCUUUUGUCAGUUAUAGCACGACCGUACUUUAUCGAGCCAUGGGAGCCUCAGAAGCAGCCAAACUGGGGGCUGUGGCAACUCUUAUAAGAUCUGUCACUCCCUUUUCAAUUAACAGUCCACACACAGGUUUUCAAGACUACCAGGAAGGUGUAAAGAAAAUCCCGACCGCUUGCAUCACUGUAGAGGACGCUGAGCUGAUGUGGCGUAUGUCAAAGAGAGGUGAAAAAAUCAUAGUAAAACUCACAAUGGGAGCCACCAUUCUGCCCGAUGCCGACUCCUUCAACACUGUGGCUGAAAUAAAAGGCUGGCAGCACCCUGAACAGGUUGUGCUGUUAAGUGGUCACCUGGACAGUUGGGAUGUAGGACAGGGUGCAAUGGACGAUGGGGGCGGAGCAAUGAUUUCCUGGGAAGCCCUGUCUCUCAUCAAAGAUUUGGGUUUACGUCCCAAGAGAACUCUGCGUGCAGUGCUGUGGACAGCUGAAGAACAGGGUGGUGUGGGAGCUCAGCAGUAUUUCAGUAAUCACAAGGUGAACCUGUCCAAUUUUGACUUGGUUAUGGAGUCUGAUCUCGGAACAUUCAAACCAGUGGGUCUUCAGUUUACUGGCAAUGAUGCAGCGCAGAAGGUGAUGGCGGAAGUGGUCAAACUGUUGGCCCCGAUUAAUAUGACUAAACUGGAGCCUCACGGAGAAGGAACAGACAUUUUUCCAUGGAUGGAAGCAGGAGUACCAGGUGCCAGUCUUCAUGUAGCAGACAGCCGGUAUUUCUGGUUCCACCACAGUGAAGGGGACACCAUGACAGUCCAGGACCCUCAUGAGAUGGACCUCUGUUCAGCACUUUGGGCCGUAGUAUCUUAUGUUGUCGCCGACUUGGAGGAGAUGCUGCCCAGAUAGUGCUGAAAUAUCACAUUCUCUUGAUCCUAAAGUAGCAUUUUUGGGCAUAUUAGUAGUUGAAAUAUUGUGAAUGUAUUAUGCAUUUUAAUUUCUUUGGAUUUGGAUACCUGUUAUUUUCUUUUAAAAAUUGUGAUUUUAAUAGAUUUUCAAGAGUGUGGUGAAUGUCAGAAGUAAAGUGACUUUUUCAAAAGGAGAAGAAACAUGACUAAAAUUGAUUUGCCAAAAGAGAAGUGGGAUUAAAAUGAAGAAGUUUCUGCUCCUAAGAGGACAUUAAUGUGAUUAAUGCAUUUAUAGCCUUCUCACCUUAGUUCUGUUUGUCCAUGCAGUGAUAAGUCAGGCCUCCCUGGAGCGGGUGUCAGGGUUAGUCAGUGAGACAAUAGGUCAUGUCAGACUCAGGAUGCGUAGGCAGAUAAGUGUUGAAACACUGACGUCUGUGUUUUUUCCUAUGAUGAUUUCCCCUUCUAUACAUCUGUCCAACUUUGAAUCAUUCAAACUCUGAUGACUAUCAUGGUCUGAUAAUGCUUCUCACUGAAAUGCUCUGCCUACACAGCAGAAAACUAAGUGAUACUUCAGUGAUUUUAAUGUGGGGAUCACAUUUCACCGCAUCCCCCAUUUUAUGCUGGAAAAACAUCACCAAAUA